GGUGAAUUCAACACCCCACGCUAGACGGCCGCCAUGGCCUUCUCCUCCUCGCCUCCUCGGUGACUCCGCCCGCCGCCGCUGGCUGCCGGCGCAGCGCCACCCUACAAGUCACCGCCCCACCGCGAGAGGAGGGCGGGCAUGGCCUUGCCCUGCUCCUAUGGCUCCCACUGCGCCGCCCUGCCCUUCCCCGCCGUGGUCUCCAGGGCGGCCUCCUCGCCGCCACCGCGCUCCCGGGGGAGAAGGCCCAGCCUACCACCCGCCGGAUGCUUCCACGCCGCGCCAAGGGACGCCGCUCUGGUGUCCGGCUCCGCUGCUGGUGGCGUGAGCAGGAGGAGGUGUGAGUUAUUUGACCUCCAUCAGCACAUCGUUCCAUUUGCGGAAUCUUGGGCUUGGCAGCAGUCCAUUGUGACAAGGAGGAAAGGGUUGGUAGGCACGGAUGAAGAUCACUCCGACACCUUAAUCGCGCUGCAGCAUCCACCAGUUUAUACGCUAGGCACUGACAGCACCGAGGACUACCUCCAUUUCGAUGUUAAAGAUGCUCCUUUUGAGGUUCACCGUAUUGACCGUGGUGGGGAGGUGACAUAUCAUGGUCCUGGACAGCUUGUAAUGUACCCGAUUAUCAACUUGCGAUAUCAUCAAAUGGACCUUCAUUGGUACUUUAGAUCACUUGAAGAGGUGAUCAUUCGUGCCCUUCAGUCCGCAUUUUCCAUCAAGGCAUCUAGGGUAGAAGGUCUAACCGGUGUCUGGGUUGGAGAUAAGAAAGUUGCAGCAAUAGGAAUUCAUGUCUCACGAUGGAUAGCAUAUCAUGGUCUAGCACUCAACGUAACCACUGACUUAACACCAUUUCAACUCAUUGUUCCCUGCGGCAUAAAAGAUCGUGGCGUUGGGAGCAUCAAAGAGAUAUUGCAAAUAGCAUCUGAUGGAAAAGAGAUAGACGAAACAGCAUUGAUCGAUAAAGCCUACAGAACCCUGCUUAAAGAGUUUGCUGAAGUUUUCCAGCUCUCUUUAUAUCACAACCCUAACUGGGAUCUUCAGGAAAGCAAAAAUUUUAGUUAACUGCAGAAUAUUUUAUUGGAUUCUUGAAAUUCAACUUGCAUUGAAGUCAGAAACCAGUACAGGUGGAUAGAGAGGCAAACAUAAUUAGAUCAAAGUGAAGUCUCCUUCACUCUAAUAUCACCAAAACUGCAGAACUAGUCAUCCAUGUGCGCAAGCUCAAACUUUUGCUUCACCUGCCAAUCAGAUAACGCUAUCAGUUUUGAAGAUGAUGGUAAUAUGUAGGAGAGGUGAGAAGUUCAGCCAAGCCAAUUAACCUUCUGUUAGGAGCCAUGUGGGCUGCAAUAUGGGCUGGAUCAGCUACUUUCCAAAGAAGUCCAAGCAAGCCCAAGAGGCAACCAUAUAUAAGUAGCAGUAGCACUUCUAGGAGGGGACGAACAGAUUGAUUGGCCAAGGCGGCGAACGGCGGCGGCGGCGACCUGGAGGCUGGCUGGCCUCUUUGUCGAUCUCUCCUCUAUCUCCCUUCUUCUCUACUAGUCUAGAAGCUACUAGAACCUUCUAGCCCUUGUAUCCUUCCAUCUUCCACCUCAAAACCACUCCACUAUUGUAACAGACUUGGUUGUUCCCUGUGUUGGAUUUGGCACUGCUAUUUCUGAAAUUACAUUGUUGGGUGGGUCUCUAA